AUCUAUUGUCACUACCAUUGUACAGCAGCUGAACCUGUUUAUCCAUUACAUCUGCUGCAGAGACUGCGGGCUGACACAAUAAUGACACUGGCAGAAGCCAUAGGGAAACAAAGGCAGGCCAGACAUUCGUAUAUUUCUCCAUCCUUUUGUAUUCAGCACUAGGACAUGGGUGGGUGGUCGCUAAGCUACAGAAUCUAAAUGUAAGAUUUCCAAGGAUCUAAUGAAAGAAAGCACUUCCAGUAACUUGAUUCCUUAGCACAGAAAAUAACCAUGAGUUUCUCAUCACUACUGUCGAGAGGAGCAGUCGAUAUCUUGGAGGAGCUGCAAAUAUUGACAGCAAAAACAAUGGAGAAAGUGGAAGUUAACAAACAGUAUGAGGUCAUCAGGGAGCUGGGAAAAGGGACAUAUGGGAGAGUGGAUCUGGUGAUCCAUAAAACAAGAGGCACAAAGAUGGCCCUUAAAUUUUUAAAAAAGAAAACCACAAAGCAGAAAAGCUUUCUACAGGAAUACUGUAUCUCACGCUAUCUGUCAGCCUGCCCGUAUAUCAUUGGCAUGCAUGACAUAGCUUUUGAAACCGAGGAAUACUAUGUGUUUGCACAAGAAUAUGCUGUGGCUGGAGAUCUUUUUGAUAUCAUUCCACCACAGGUUGGUCUUACUGAGCAUACAACCAAACGCUGCAUCUAUCAAGUGGCAUUAGCUUUGGAUUACCUGCAUAACCGAAAGCUUGUACAUCGCGACAUCAAACCUGAAAAUAUCCUCAUUUUUGACAAAGAGUGCCGAAAAAUUAAACUUUCUGAUUUUGGCAUGACCAGGAUUGCCGGAACGACAGAAAAACGUGUAAGUGGUACAAUCCCCUACACAGCUCCAGAACUUUGUGAGACUUCAAAGCACAGUGGAUUUUUGGUUAAAUACACUAUUGAUGUGUGGGCAUUCGGGGUCCUUCUUUUCUGUAUGAUGACUGGAAAUUUCCCUUGGGAAAAGGCACUGCAUUUAGACUCCUUCUAUUAUGAAUUUUUGCAAUGGCAGAAAUACAAGAAUGCUAAUGUGCCAUCUCAGUGGCGUAGAUUCACACCUCAUGCCCUUAAAAUGUUUAGCAAAUUGCUUUCUAUUGAGCCUGAGAAAAGAUGUGCAAUUAAGGAUAUUCUGUGGUAUUUCGGCAAAUCUUGGCUGGUAUCGAAGGAAGAAUCUCAUACUUCUGAUGCAAAAACCAAUAAUGACGUGUUCAUCCACAUUAAACAGCAAGGUCUUCCUUUCAUCAAUGGCAAUGAUUUAGAUAGCAAUAAAAGUGAUACCAGUCCCAGUUUAUCGUUUUCCUCAUGCAGCAGCUACGAGGACGUUCCUAAGGAAAGCAACGCAAAUACAAUGUUAGUGUCUACACCGAUUGAAAUAUGUGUAUGAAAAUGUUAUUGUAAAACAUUAUUUAAACAGAUGAAGAAAUCUUCUUUUGGAGUAAUGUUGUGACCCAGUACCUGUCACCAGGUGCGCCAAUCAUGCUGCAAUGCCUUACUCUCUUCACACCGAGUUACACAAGAAGAGCCACUAAGAACCACAAAACUGGUAGAUCUUGCAAAGCUUGUUUAGGUGUGCAAAUAUUAGCACUUACAGUGCAGUACCCAACGCAUUUCACAUUAUUCUUUCACCACAACCCAAAAAAAUCAAUUUAGACUAUCUUGUGAGUCGGAGGAUUCUCUGGAAGAUGCACCUGCUGAAAACGUUAAACAUAUUCAAUCAAACUUCACUUUAUUAGCAUCCAAUUAUUUUCUUCAUACUUUUCCAACCUUAACCUAAAAUUUAGGUCAAUUUAAACUAAUAUAUAGCUUAAAUUAUUCAAGGAAAUGACUGGACAGUGGAGCUGUCUUUAGUACAUAUAUUUUUGUGUUGUUUUUAACCAACCACCUAGAAAUGUAUUUUCCCAUAGAACUGCAAGUAGUAGGUACAAAAUAUAAUUUAUCAUAAAUUCAGGGAUGAAAUGUGAUCUUUAGGACCUUAGUGGUUUUGGAAACUGCAAUUCCUUUUAAAGAAAAAAGAAUGCAUUCAUAGCACUUGUUUUUAUUUAAAUAAUUUUAAAAUUAUUAAAUAAACUUUUUUUUGUUAGCAAGGAACACCCCCAAAACUCCACAGCUCUUCCAGUAGACCAGUACAAACUUUUGCACCCUCAAGAAUUUCUCUUUUAAAAAGGUUCAAUGAAAAAGUACUGUAGGUGAAUUAUGUCAUAAUACAGCAUUGGCACUUCAGGAUUGCAUUUUUGCAUGAUCAUAUAUGGCACUGUGAGGUGGGUGGGGUAAGUGGGGUGUAUUUCAUAUCCCUUGCUUAGGAAGGUGCUGGGGUGCACAACUCUUCCAAAAGAAGAUCAUUCAAUCUGUACAUGCCAGCAUUGCAGAACUGCUUGUGUGACAAUACCAUACAGGUAUUCACUUUGCAUAAUCAUCGCAGCCAUGAGCCAAGAAAAAUAUAUUUAUUAAUGCCGAAAUAAGUGUAUUGUUUGUGAUUAAGAAAAAAAAGAUUGUCUUAUAUUUUAAUUUCAGUGCUGUUCAUUUAUGUUCAUGUAAAUCAUAAUAAUUUCCACCAGAUCUUUAAAAAUAUUACCUAAAUAUAUCUAGUGGCUAUUUCAUUUUACAUAAUCAUGCGUGAGUUAAGAAUUUAAAAUAAAAGCAUUGUUUUUUCCUUGCAAA